AUGACUGACUUUAACCUCAAUCUUGAGAAGGAUUAUGGUUGUGUUCAAAUGGAUGGGUUUCAUAACGGGGUUGGUACAAAUGAUGAACAUGAGGACAUAGAAGUCAUUGACAAUGAUAGAUGGGAUUCUUUAGAUGAAGGGUCAGAAGAUGAAAGGAAAAGAAGAUGUGAUCUUAAAAAUUUGGCUAAGGAGAAAAGAUGCAGUCUUGGCAAUGUCCAUAAGGCCACAACCAAUGUUGACACAACUAUCAAGAUUGAUGUUUACAGUGAACAAAACGCAUCAAACCCAACGAGGAGGUUUAAAAGAAUCUACAUUUGCUUAGGUCCCCUGAAAAAAGGUUUUAAGGCUGGCCUCAGGGAUCUUUUGGGUUUCGAUGGUGUGCAUAUGAAAGGACCAUUUCCUGGGCAGGUUCUAACAGCAGUUGGGUUGGACUCUAACAAUGGUAUUUACCCCCUUGCUUAUGCCAUUGUUGAGACAGAGAACAAAAGUAGUUGGGUAUGGUUCUUGCAGUGUUUAGGAGAAGACUUGGAUCUUGGUUCAAACUCUAACUUUACUUUUAUCACAGAUCGACAAAAGGGUUUAAUACCAGCAAUAGCCCAACUAUUCCCAUGUGUUGAGCACAAGUAUUGUCUUAGGCACAUACAUCAGAACAUGAGAGUGAAAUGGGAAUUGAAAGAGUACAAGGAUCAUUUAUGGAGAUGUGCAACUGCAACCACUGUACCUGAAUUUGAACAUUGCAUGAAAGAAUUUAGCAACUAUGAAAAGGAGGCAUGCAGAGCAAUCUCUGAUAUAUUGUUAAACAACCUUUGUGAGGUAUUUAACAGCAAGAUAAUGGAGGAAAAAGAUAAGCCUGUCAUAGGUUGUUUGGAGUAUAUUAUACAAUACUUGAUGAAGAGAAUCUGUAAUGUUAUAAAGGUGAUGGACAAUGCAAAAGGGCCUUUAACACCCACUGCAACAACCAUAUUGGAUGUAAACAAAUCUCAUGCAUCACAUUACAUUGCUAUGUGGAAUGGGGGUGAGAAAUACCAAGUCACUGGGGCAUGGCAAGAUCAACAUGUUGUAGAUGUUAGGAACAACACAUGUACUUGCAGGAAGUGGGAGCUAAUAGGCAUCCCCUGUAAACAUGCCAUUGCAACCCUUUACGAAAUGACCAAGAACUCAGAGGAUGUUGGUGACAUUUACAGGUGGGUCAAUAAGGUAUACUGGUUGGAUACAUGGAAGAAUGCAUAUUCCUAUAAGGUAGAGCCCAUAAAAGGAAGAAUAAUGUGGCCUAAAAGUUUGUGUCCCACCACACUUAUCCCUCCAAUACAUCAUAAGCAACCAGGUAGGCCUACAAAGAAGAGGAAGAAAAGUGAGGAUGAAAAAUUGAGUCAGAAUCAAAGAGGGAGUCAAAGUCAGAGUGGUACUCAUGGUGUAAGUCAGGAAGAAGGCUGUAAAGUGGGUCCUGAUGGAGUUCAAAAAUUAACAAGGAAAUAUGCCAGUGUAACAUGUGCAAAAUGCAAAAACAAAGGUCACAACUCAAGGACAUGCAAAGGUCAAGGAGGUGGAAGUUAG